GGCAGCAAACGAGACGAGGGCUACGCAUGCGCUCACAACGAAGACAUCAAAUUUAUAUCGCGAAGCACCAAAUAUUGUCCUUUAACACGCGACCUGUCAAACGAAACCGAAGGUGCUUCAAACUACGUCGACAUUUGCUGCUUGCGUCAGCUUAAAUGUGGAAGUGAUAAAGUCAGCGGUCACCAUGGAAACAUAAUGAGUCAUAGACCUUGCCAUUGUAAUACAGAAUUUCGCAAGUGCUUACAACGUUAUAGUAAAGUUACAGUGUACAAAGACCUGGCUAAUGCCGUACUCCGCGCCAUAGACCAACUGAAGAAUUGCCAAAUCCGCGAUGGGACAGCGUGCGACCCGAAGAACCCAAAAACGUGCAGAAAAGGCGAUCUAAUCAAUCCGAAAUACGCACAUUGUCGCGUGAAUUGCAAAUCUGGUCCUUUGCUCCCGAUUGGUCAGCGUAUGUGUAGUAUUCGCCAAUGUAAACCGCCGAAUUUUGUAGACGGGGUUCGAAUCAUCGAUGUACCGAACCCCGCAACGAGUUCGAUGUGCGAGCCUGUGCGUAAUGUGCCAUAUCUGUGCGGGAAAGGCGACACUAGGUGCGUUUGUGAUGGCAAGCCGCUGGGAAGUGCGUUUACUGAUCGUUGUCGCUGUCAGUUUUGGCCAUUUAAGUUGUAA